AAGAAAAACACCAGAAAAUAUAGAAGACAUUCACGUAAUGAAACAAUUUAUGAACCACCUCCUUUAAUACCUCUAAUACUUCCUACUAGUGUCCAUCCCCAAGCUGAAUGGAUUACCUUCAGUGAAGCAGUUUCCAUUGCUGUAGAACGAGCCAAUAAAAAAAAACCUUAUUACUUACUUCCGGUUCUUGGUACUUUACCAUCAGUUCAUCAUGUUUAUGCAGAGUGGUAUUUCGGUUUGGACGGUAAUCCACCAAUUACAACAUUGAUCAAAAAGUAUGGUAAGGAUUGGAUCAAUGAUAACAAAGCAAGACUGUGUCGUCGUAGAUUUUUAAUCAAUGAGAUCGAGAUGAGAGAAAUGCAACAUAGUACAGCAGAAGCAUUGGUUUUAUUGGAUGGAUUGAGAGGUGAUGAUGGCUUAAAUAGAUUAGUUGAUGUUAAAUUGUUGGGACGUCCUAGAUAA